AUGCAAACCCGGCCGUGGCGGCCUUUGGGGCAUGCUCAUCCGGCCCACUUGCGAAGUUUCCUUCGGGGGCUUCCUGCCUGGCACCUGCUGGGCCCACUCGAUGAACCGCAACUGUGCAGCAUCUAUGAGUGUUUGGAUAGAGGCUUGCUGGAGGAGGCACAAGACCAGUGCGAACACCUGGCCGGUGAUUCCAGCAAGGAGGCCCUUUCAUUUCUCGUGCUGCUGGACAUCCUGAGAGCCUGGGGCGAUUCUCUCGGCGCCACUGCCUUGGCACGUGAGGCUCCCUUCGCGGCAGGGACGCGGGAGGAGGCGGCCGCGGCACUGGCUGCGUCGUACUGCACACUGAUGGCUGGUGCCAGAGAAGGCAAUGUCACUCUCCAGAAGGAGGUGGAGAAGGUUCAGGACAUGCUCUUCAGCUUGUCGUCAAGUUCUCCGGUGCCAUCUCUUGCACAGGGUGCUGCUUUCAUGAUCGCCGCGGAAGCAAACAUGGCGACGGGGUCACUUGCUGCUGCAGCACAAGCAGCCAAACGCGCUGUCUCUUGCUACAGGAGCAUUGACGAUGCCAAGGGACAGGCCGCGGCUCUUCGCUGUCUGGCUCUGGCGAGCCUGGGUUCCCAGCGCCUGGCAGAGGCAGCGCAGUCUGCGAAGCUGGCAGCCACUCGAGCGCGCUUCGUGGGAGAUGUGCUCGGCGAGGGCUGCGCCUUGCGUCUUGCGUCAGAGGCAGAGCUUCGCCAGGGCGACACGCAGCAGGCUGCGACCCUUGCGCAGGACUCCGCAGCUCUCUUCCAAAUAAAGGGCGACACCUUCAACCAGGCAGAUGCUUUGUUGAGUGCCGCGGCAGCACUCUGCCUUCGUGCCCAACAGCGAAAGGCGAACGCCCAGCGCAGCUCACUGGAGUCUUGGGCUUUCCAAGCUUCUGCACUCGCCGACAAAGUCUUGACGAUGCAGUGCCAGGGCACGCUGGAGGUGGAUGCACUGCUCGCUCGGUCCUGGGCAGCGACCGUGGUGGGUCCCAGCGCGGGACCGGGACAGUCUGAGCAGGCCUUGGAGGAUGCCCAGAAAGCGGAGAGACUUGCGAUCGAUAUCUCCGACAGAAGACGGGUGGCAGCUGCACGGGUUGCUCGAGCUCAGGCUUUGGUGGUACAAAGCGAGGAUGCCUUAGCUUUGGAUAUGUUGAACGAGGCCCACAGCCUUUUUCAGAGAGCAGGAGACGCCGAUGGCGCCAGAUUUGCUGCCACAUACAUGUCAGGCGCAGGAGGAGGAGGAGCUUCAAAGGCAAGUUCCAAGCCAGAAGAUCAUGUGUACGCCGGGUGCGCCACAUGGGAGGGUUUGGCCAAGCAGCCAGACCAAUGGUGGGCGGAUCACAUCCACUUUCAGUUUGCAGGUCUCCAAGGGAGGCCAGUGGCAAACACAGUGAAGAGAAAGUGA